AUCAUCAUUGUAAGUUUAUGUCUGUGUCUUGUUACAACCAUUUUCUCUUACACAAAGAUAAUUUCAACUUUGCGACAAAGUCAAAUUCUAGUUCACAGCCAUAAUGUCAGUGUUGCUGGACGACAACCGAGACCAUUAAUUCCAUUGAACAUAACUCGAUACAGAAAGGCAGUGUACAGUGCACUGUGGGUGCAGGUAACAUUGGUUGUUUUUUAUUUGCCGUAUGGUAUAGUGGUAGCUUUGACAAACCAAAAUGAGAUUUCCGUAUCAUUUUACCUCGCCAGACAAUUUACUGUUACUUUGGUUUACUUAAACUCAUCAUUCAACCCUUUUCUCUAUUGCUGGAAGAUGAGAGAAGUGAGGCAAGCUGUGAAAAGCACCAUAGAACAGCAUUUUUAUUGUUCAUAGACCUAACGAAAAACCUCUCUUUAUAAAAAUCACUGAUUUAUUAGAUUUGUAUAUUUCGUUUGAUUGCCGUUACUAUUAAUAUCUUUAGAUAACGAAUUCUUUUUUUAGAAGCAAACCAUUUUUUAAUUUGAACUCAAAUAAACGUCUUCGUCUUAUUUUUAAAUGGUUUUACAAGGUAAUAUGUUUAAUCGUGUUCUUGUUUAUGAAUCUGAAUACAAUUAUUAAAAAUAAUGCAAAAGGCUUCCUCAUAGGCAAGUAUUACUUUCUUAGGAUGGCAAUGCAGUGGCCAACUUUAACACAUUAACUCAGACUGCUUAAACAAUGUUAACGAGAAUGAAAAAGAAAUCACCGCACCUCGGGAACGGACAAGCUCCUUUUCCUCUUUGCGUUUUUGUUCUUGUUUUCGUUUUUUUUUGUUUAUGUUUGAGUGGUUAAAGUCUUUAAAUUCUGGCAAAAUUACAACCCUUAUCAAUUACAAUGAAAGCUAAAAUUUCAAAACUUUUCUAUGCAAAUCGUGUUGUUAGAAUACGACAAAAAAAAAAAUAGUUGAUUCUAAAUUCAAUUUUAUAGGCCAUUUGCACGAUGAGUUCAUUUUACUACUUCGACUAGAAUCCUUCAGUGUUUUUCUUUCUGUGUCUUUUAAACCUCGCUGGGAUUACCAACUUUGAAUAUGAGGGGGAGAACGAAAAGGUUUCUGGUCGUAAUAGUAAAAUGACGCCAUCGUGCAUAUGGUCUAUUGUUGAAUGAAGUUGACGUUUUUUCUUGUCGGCCAGCUUGUUUUUGACUCCAAUCAUGAUUUUUUCGCUAAGGAAACUCGAUCGCUUUUAACUUUGUUUACUUACCUCCCUAAAUUUCAUGAAAUAAUACUUUUGACCCCUGUUUGACCAUCCUUCUCGAGCUUCGCGAGGUUGUUCGAUACAUGUACGUAUUUCUUGUAUAUCAAUUAUUAAAAUGGGAAAAGGAAGUUACAGAGACAGAAGAUGGUAGUCAAAUUAGAAUUUUCUGAAGUUGAACACAACACUAAAAACAGAAGAAGUGAGAAGAUAAUUAUUACAACGAACGUCUUCAAAUCGGUUUUAUGACAAGACAGGUUGUCGGAACCUUCGUCUUUGUCAUUAAGAAUUCAUUUGCAGCUGUUUAAACAUACGAUACAAAAUCCAUCAUGCUGGAGGCAGUUGGACCUUGUAGAGGGAAAAGAUUUCCUUUUUAAUAACCAAAUGCAGUUAAAUCGUCACCCUACUGCGGUGUUUGAUUUUACAGAAUAGCUUUUUUGCCAACUGCACGAGGCCCAUCAACAAAGAACGCUAUGUUUACUCGCAGAGACGUGGCAUCAAGACAUCUAACUGACGGCGAUCAGGAAAUUGUAAAAACAACCAUAGGAAGUUCUUGCUCAAAUAAAGUCAACUAGAACCAAAAUGAAGAGGUUAUCUUUCUUUCGGCGGUGAAUAUUUUGAGGUCAGUAAAUGCGUUUCUGGGAAACACUCUGCGAGAUCUGAUACUAGUCACUCUACACAUUCAAGGAGCUUCACUUCAUCAACCGUCCAAACUUCUGACCCUUAAGGUGUUUCGAUGUAGUUUUUCAGAGGCCAUACCGAUAUUUUUCAAUCGCUUAGAAGUGAUUUUAUCCUUGUCUGAUCGCCAUAAAAAUUUUCACCAAUGAUUGACUAUAGAUUGAAGUUUGUCGAAAUGUAGGUUUUAGUAAAAUCGAUAUUACUAUGACUUACAAUAAACAAAAACCUUUGAAAUUAAUAAACGCUUAAUUUUGCGCGAUCUAGACCAGCUACUGAAAAUCCAACUCUAGGAACUUAAAGUUUGGAGUUUAGUAAAUAACCUCGUAAGAAGUAAAAAAUUCUGUAUGUUUGAAUUCGACUAAAACGAAAAUAUAUUUCAAACCUUAAAUUUUCAAUAGCCGUGACAGAUUAUUUAAUAAAAACGUUAUAAAUCACUCAAAUUAUUCUUAAGUAGCGUCAGAAUGCUGCUGAAUAUCAUUAUUUCGAUGCUAGGAAAUUUUGGUGUAUUUUCGUUCUUGCGAUCUUAAAAACCAACCCGUUUUCUCACCACCUGUCUAAGUGCAACUUCAUUCAAAAUUUAGACUUUUAGCGCUUUUUUGUAUAUCUCUGAAACGACUCGAGCGAAUUUUUUUAAAAUCUCUUCACAUAAUCUUCAUAAUGUAUGUAAUAAUGUCUGAAACUUUCAUUAAGAUUGAUUCACUGCAACACCUUGAAACUUCAAGACAAACUUAUCCUACUUACCGGUCAAAAAUCCGCGCCAAUCAUUGGUCAAAAUUUUAUGGCGAUCGGACAAGGAAAAAAACACCUUUAAGGGCUAUUGGAAAAUAUAGGUAUCUAAUGACCUCUGAAAACCUGUAUCGAAAAACCUUAAAGUGGUAAUAUAAAAAUGCUGCACUUAAAUAUCAUUAAAUAUGGGACAUGACUUGAUGUAAAAUCAUGGUCGCCAUUUUGGAUUUUACUGAAAGUUCAGAUUUAUCAAACAAACUAACUCUGAAAUUAUUUCUCAUUCUUCAAUUGUUAAAUAUGUUAAAUUAAACGUACGUAAUUGCAAAAGGCGCACUUUUAGAAGUUGCCUGGCCUCAUGCAACGUUUAACUUCAAAUUUCGUAAUUAUAGUAACCUCAACAGAUGUUGUCACUGUGGGUCUAAAGAAUAAAGAAACAAUUUCUGAAGAUCAGAGGAUCUGGAGAAAAUCCUCUUUUAUGGGGGGGAAGGGGGGAAAUCGGAAAACCAAAAGAGGGCAACUUCUCCCUUGUAGAAGGGCAUGAUCUCCAGUGGAUGAGCAAACACAAUUUGUAUCCGUCAUUUAGUUUACUUGAUAUGGCAACAGCCGUUUAAUUGUACAAAUGUUCUUGGACUAGCACAGGAUUCGAGUCAAGGAAUUACCUUUUUCGUAAGUUCACCUCCCAGCAAGAAUCAGUUUGCGCAAAUUUAAGAUCGUUAUUAGCCGACAUUGAUAUUCCAAUUAGUUUUGAAAACGAGCAUACUGAAUACUACCUGCUAUGUACAGUUCUUUAUUUUGUUUUACGUAAAAUUAUGUUAAUGUACAUGAUGAUGUGCUAGGGCUUAUGAUAUUCGGUGUUAUUCCCCGCUACCUCUGGCACAAAAUUUGUCUUUAACUCGGUGUAUUAUCCUGGGUAGAUUUCAGUUCUUUGUUAAACAAAACUCGUGAAGGUUACAGGUUUUUACAAGAUGAAGACUGAUGAGCCCAAAAUUUCCCCACGAAUUAAACAUAGCAUGUUGUCGAACAGUGUUUUUUGUCUUUAAAAUUUUAAGACAUUAUUUUGUCAAAAAUAUGUAAAAUUCGUUCCAUGGUCGUAUUGUAGUUAAGAAAAGCAAGUCGUGAACAAAAAAGACAACGGAAAUCAGGAAUUAAAAAAAAUACGGCGAUCACUUUUUCUUGAAAGAAAGAAGUAAAACUCUAGCAAGUACAGUGGCGGAUCAAGAAGAGGGGCCUAAGGGGCCCGGCCCCCCGCCCCCUUUAUUUUUAGACCAAACUGAGGCCCAAAGGGCCGAAAAAAAUAUUUUGGAGACUGCCCCCCCCCCCCCCCCCACAAAUUGGUGCCCCCCCCGAAAAAAGGGGGGGGGGUUUUUUUAAAAAGGGAAAAAUCCCACCCCCCCUUUAAAAAAAAAACAACAAAACCCUUUUGUUUUUUGAGGAUUUUUUCGCCCUCUUGUUGUUUUUUUUAAAAGUGAGAAGGAGAAACACUUUCUCCCCCUACACACACAAACCCUANUCAUUUUGAAAGCCUGUCUCUCACUGUCUGAGAUCAAGAAAAAUAGUAAUGAUUUAUAGUUAAAUAAGUCCCACCAGUGCCGUAGCCAGACCAAACGGCCAACCGAGGCAGGCGGGAGUUGCUAGGGGGGUUCGGGGGCAUGCCCCCCCCCCCCCCCCGAAAAUUUUAAAUUUUUUUUUCCGGAAAAGGGGUUUUGCGGGUUUUUUGGGCGUUUUGGGUAUUUUUUUUUUUGUUUAUUUAAUGUGGAUUUUAAAAAAAAAAAAAAAAAAACACCAAAAAAAACGGGGGGGCAAAAAAGGGGGGGCCCGGGGGGCCCCCCCCCCCCCCCCCUUUUUUUUUUAACAAAAAAGGGGCCAAAGGGGGCAAAAAAAAAUUUUUGGGGGCCCCCCCCCCCCCCCCCCCCCCGAAGAUCUGGAUCCGCCACUGAAGUAAGUGGGAGAUGUUUCAUUAAAGAGGAGCAAUUCCCAACCGAUCUGAUUAACAAUAGCGAAUAAUCCUUUUGUGCUUUGAUGAAUUUGUCCGUCCACUUGUCUGAUUAAUUAAGCACCAGAGAGGAUAUCUUCUCUUGUUAAGCAUAAUCCUGGGAAACUUUCGUGAAAUUUAAACAACAAAAUAUAAUUGCUCAUGGCAUUUCAAGCUCGUUAGUUGCCGUUGAACUAAACCCACUGGUAAUAAGAGCUCAUCAAGGCAAAAUUACACGUAAUCCCACUAAGCCACUUUGCUGUAGAGUCUGGCACGCAAAAGAAUACGCUUUUUAUAAAGUGAAAGAGACUCGAUUGCUCGUCUUACCUAGAUGUGUUCUUAAUCGUUAUUAAUCGUUAUAACGAAAUGGCAGAGGAAAACUUUACUCGCGAUAAUAAUCAGAGUACAAUUCAAGAAUUGUAUUGCUCGGCAGAAUUUACCGGAGAAGUACAUCAAGAGUUAAUCGCCCUUUCAGUGGUAAAUAUCUUUUUGUCCACAACUGCCGUUCUGGGGAACACUCUGAUCCUAGUUGCCCUACACAGGGCAUCUUCACUUCAUCCGCCGUCCAAACUCCUUUGUCGCAACCUAGCAGCAACUGGCCUCUGUGUUGGUUGCAUUGUAGAGCCGCUGCAAGUUUCUUAUUGGAUAUCUGCUGUGGAUGAAAUAUGGAAUAUUUGCCAGUUUACAGCUGUGGCAAAUUAUAUCACAGGAUAUAUUUUAUGUUCAGUGUCCCUACUUACUCUGACUGCUAUAAGCGUGGACAGACUUCUUGCGCUGUUGCUGCGACUUAGAUACAGACGAGUUGUAACUCUGAGGAGAGCAUACAUAACUAUAAUUGUGUUUUGGGUAGCGUCCAUUAUCGGUACUUUAACUAACUUUUGGAAUCCUCUCAUAACGUCAUGGCUGCUGUACAUAGAGACAGCUUCGUGCCUUACCACCACAAUUUUGUCUUACGCAAAAAUUUUCUUCACUUUGCGUCAUAAUCGAACUCACGUACGAGGAUCUUUUGCUCAGAGACGACCGAGUAAAACAAUUUCACCUAACAUAGCACGAUACAGAAAGGCUGUGUCAAGUGCUUUGUGGAUGGAAGUAAUAUUUGUUGUUUGUUAUAUGCCUUAUGGUAUAGCCGCAGCUCUGACACCUCAAAGAAGGAUGCCUUUAUCCUUUUACCUCGCAAGACAAUUUACGGCUACUUUGGUCUUUCUAUACUCAUCCUUAAACCCGCUGCUUUUUUGCUGGAAGGUCAGAGAAGUAAGGCAAGCUGUUAAAGACAUACUGAAGCAACUCUUCUGUUUAUGUUGUUAG